GAUAUUCAACGUGUGCACUUUUCAUCCUCAUUUAUAAGUGUUCCUUGGGAAAAGAGGUGCACAAGGGUCAAACUGACACAGCUCAACUCAACUAUCAACUCUUGUAUUCUCCUCAAGUAUCUUCAGAAUUGGUUCUGGGUUUUGUAAGAAGAACAAGUCUUUGUGAGUUUUUCAAUGUGGGUUUUCUUGUUGCAUCACCCUCAGCACUAUGUUGGAGUCAGUGACUUGUUUCGGAAGCUAUAAGGGAUACGGCAUUAUCAAACAGAAGAGCUCAUUUAUGGCUUGCUCCAUAGGCACAUCACGGUUCUGUGGGCAAUUGUUCAGUCCUUAUUUUAGUAAUCAGCAAGUGCGCUCAUUGUCAUAUGCCAAUAAGUACAAGAUAAGACAUAGUCCUUUUGUUGCAAAAAGUCUCAUUCAAGGCAAUUCUUUGUCAAUUUCCUCUGUAUAUUGGUGGCGAGGACUUUAUUUCUCAAACCAUAGACCAGGCCAUUCAGCAAGAUGGAGGAUAUGUGCAACACUUGAUGUUGCCAGCGCUCUUGAUGUCAUUAAUGAUUUAGGAUUUGAUACUUUGACGUUCUUAGCUGUGACUGUUCUGGUUGUUCCCGCAUUCAAGAUCAUCAAAGCUAGCCCUAUACUCGGUUUCUUCUUCGCGGGGAUUGUACUCAAUCAGUUUGGCUUGAUACGGAAUCUCACAGAUGUCAAAGUUUUGUCAGAAUGGGGGAUUCUUUUUCUGCUAUUUGAGAUGGGAUUAGAGCUUUCAUUUUCACGUCUAAAGGCUCUUGCAAAAUUUGCCUUCGGUAUGGGAUUAACUCAGGUCGUAUUAUCUACUCUUGCUUUCACAGCGUUUGAACUUCCUCCUAACGGGGCUAUUGGAACACAAAUUUUGACGUUCCUCUUUAACUCACGGCCUGAUCUGGUCAAUAUCAGAAGCAUUGAUGAAGCAGUAGUGAUUGGUGCUGCUCUAUCUCUAUCUUCUUCAGCUUUUGUACUGCAGCUACUUGCAGAGAAAGGUGAACUCCCUACAAGAUUUGGUUCAGCAACUCUUGGGAUACUUCUUUUACAGGAUAUAGCAGUUGUACCUCUCUUAGUCAUACUUCCAGUGCUGGAAAGCCAGAACAUAGCGGAGGAAAGUAUAUGGCCAAUGCUUUUGAAGGAGAGUUUAAAAGCUCUAGGUGGGCUUGGGCUUCUUUCUCUUGGAGGGAAAUUAGUUCUAAGGCGAAUUUUUGAGUUUGUGGCAGAAGCAAGGAGUUCAGAGGCAUUUGUUGCGCUUUGCUUGCUGACGGUGGCAGGGACUUCUCUUCUCACUCAGAAAUUGGGGUUCAGUGACACGCUUGGAGCAUUUUUGGCUGGAGCACUGCUAGCAGAAACAAAUUUCAGGACACAAAUUGAAGCCGAUAUAAGGCCAUUUCGAGGCCUACUUCUGGGGUUAUUUUUUGUAACUACAGGGACGUCCAUUGACACGCAGGUUCUUUUCCGAGAGUGGCCGAAUGUGCUUUCGCUCUUGGCAGGUUUGAUAGUCAUCAAGACGCUGAUCAUAACAGCCAUAGGCCCCCGUGUUGGACUCACUUUACAAGAAAGUGUAAGAAUAGGAUUGCUUUUGUCUCAAGGAGGGGAGUUUGGCUUUGUAGUCUUUUCUCUUGCAAACAGGCUUGGUGUGCUACCACUUGAGCUUAACAAGUUGCUCAUUAUUGUUGUUGUCCUGUCAAUGGCAUUAACCCCGUUGCUUAAUGAAGCUGGAAGAAGAGCGGCUGCAUUUAUUGAUGAAAAUUUUGAAGCAGAGGAUAAAGUUCCUGAUGUGGUGAAUUUCAAUUCAAGUGAACCUAUUGUUAUUCUUGGAUUUGGACAAAUGGGCCAGGUCCUUGCCAAUUUCUUGUCCACUCCAUUGGCUUCAGGAAUAGAUGGAGACGCUCUAGGAUGGCCCUAUGUGGCUUUUGAUCUUGAUCCAUCUGUCGUGGAGGCGUCUAGAAAGCAAGGAUUUCCAAUUCUUUAUGGGGAUGGCUCUCGUCCUGAUGUUUUACAAUCUGCCGGUAUAUCUCUCCCAAAAGCUGUCCUGGUUAUGUACACUGCAAGGCAGAAAACAAUUGAUGCCGUUCAACGGCUUCGACUUGCUUUCCCGUCAAUCCCUAUUUAUGCCAAAGCUCUGGACUUGAAGCACCUUUUGGAUCUUAAAAAAGCAGGUGCAACAGAUGCCAUUAUGGAGAGUGCGGAGACUAGUUUGCAGUUGGGGUCUAAGCUUUUGAAAGGGUUUGGUGUCAUGUCUGAUGAUGUGAACUUUCUUCGUCAAAUUGUUCGUGAUUCCAUGGAGCUGCAAGCUCAAGACGUAGUUGAGAAAACUGAUGAGCAAGACUUGGAUAAUUUGAAGCCAUUGCAGGUGAGAGUUGCUGAUUUAAUUGAUGACCCCUCAUCCAUUUCAUCAACUUCAUCGGAAGAGAAUUCAUGGGAGGUAAACCGGGUAGGUGCCUCUUACAUCUCGACAUUGCAGGGAGAAGUGAACGAAGAAGAGCAUGACAGUGAACUACAACGGUCUGGGCAUACAGAAGGCGAAGAAGUUUCAAAUGGUAACUUAGACACAAAGAAUGGAUUUCCGGUUAAAUCACAAGAUGUAGAGGAGAAGAUAAAAAAUGUAGACCCAUCUUCCCCAUAUGUAUCAACAAAGGAUGAACAGUAAUAAUCAGGAAAGAAAUAUGGGAACUUUGGGUUUCACUCCGCUGAUAUUAUAAUUCCUUGAAGCCUGGAAGGUGCCAAAGACUUGUUUGAAGUUGGAGCUAAUAGUGUAUGAAGACAGCCAAAAUAUGUUUCAGGAAAAGUAGCAAAGGGACACACUAAAUUUUUUUAAUUCAACUCACAGG